AUGGAAACUUUCCAAGCUGUACUCAAUGUAUUCAUGGAGAGUACAUCAUAUCUUGUGUGCUUUGUGGGUGAUCGAUAUGGAAAAUGUAUUUUACCGAAGAAAAUACCAAUGGAAAAAUUUCAAGCAAUCAAAGCGACAUUUGCGGAAACAAGUAAUGAACUUGAGUUAUUUUAUCGAUAUUACAAGCAAUGUGAAGAAAUAAAAUCAAUGGAUUAUAAGCUUUUGGAUGUGCCUAUUAAUUUAUCUGAUAAAAAUACGCUUGCAUCGAUUUUACAACAAGCUGCUGAAAAGAUAUCACAAGAUGAUAAUAAUAAGCAACAAGAACAAACAAAAGCGUCGAAAAAUCUUUUUCCAUCUGCUACAGAACAAAUUGUUCAAAUUGCAUUAAUUCAACCAAGCAAAGUAUUAUUCUGUUUACGAAAUAAAGAAGCCGAUAUACAGCCAACAAAUACUACAGAUGCUACGGAACCAAUUAAAAUGGAAAAUGAGCAAAGAGAUGAAAAAAUUGAAGCAUUGAAGAAAACAGUUCUACUAAGUAAUGCAUCAAUAAUUUCACUAAAUAUGGAAUCAAAUAAGAAUACAAAUAAGGGUGGAAAUGAUAAUUCUAUUAAAUUAUUCACAAAACAGAUAAUAGAUCAUUUGCAAAACUACGUUUCAACAUUAAGCAUUCCACCAAUGCCAUCAAUUGAAGCAUAUUCUCUAGCAAAAAUUGAAAAUGAUGUACAUCUUGCAUUUGCUGAGCGACAAUUACCGAAAAGAUGGCUAUUCCGAGAGAAUAUCGAUAAGAUGUUUGAUAUUUGGAUCAAUAAAAGCAAAGGACACUUUCAAAUUCUAGGAAAUCAAACUUCUGGAAGGACUGCUCUUCUAUGCCGAUUACAUGCGUUAUUAAUUAGCAAAGGUCAUUAUGUUAUUAUCAGAUUUAUUAAUUUAACAUCUGGAUCACAAUAUGCUCAUGAAUUAUGGCAUGGAGUAUAUAUGACAUUAUGCACCCUAAUGGGUCAAUAUGCAGAACCAUUGAUAACAUCAUGUCAUUUAUCAUCAACACUUGACAUAUUGAAAUCAUUGCUGGAAAAGUUAAAUCGACCAGUAUUUGUAUUAAUCGAUGAUGCUAAUGUGAUCAAAUAUGGACGAAUGAUGAGUAAUUUAGAUCAGCAAUUCCGAAAAUGUUUAGAUAAUCUUGUUUUAAUUUGUACAACAGAUCAUCCGAUAACAGUGCAAUUUAUGCUUCAACAACCUGAACUGUUUGAAUUACCGGAUUUUACAACCGCUGACAUCAUGCAAUAUAUUAAUUUAAAUAUCGAGGACAAUACAUUAAAUAAGCAACAAACUGAUGAAAUUCAGAAUAUUAUAGAAGCCAAUAACAAUAAUAUUGUUAUUGCUCAAUUAUUACUAAAACAAAUUAUUGAUGAAACUAAUCGUCCAUUCGUUGAUGAUAUUGAUAAAAGUUUUUGUCAUGCUGAAAGUGAUAAUGGUUUUUUGUUUGUACGAAAAUUUGCGCAACUUUUAAUAGCUACACCACAUGGGCUUACCACGUUGGAAAUUUUGGAUGCAUUAAGAAUGAGCGAUCAAAUGACUGGUGAAACUACUACGAAUUCGCCAUUAUCACUACUACUUCAUUCAAUUAUUGAUAAACUCGGAUGUCUUAUUGUUGAAUUUGUUUAUGGAAAUCGCCUUGUUUACAAAUGGAGUCAUUUAUUUAUUAUAAAUAUAGCUCGUCGUCGUUAUUUGACUAAUCAGGAUUUGAUAAAAGUUCAUGGAUUAAUUGCUCAUUUAUUUGCCGAUAUUAACAAUACUCAUUCGAUCUGUUCAUUGCUACAAACAACAAAUGAUAUUCCAACAUUUCCACGACCAUUGAAACAGGAUGAUGGCACGGUAAACAUACGAAAAGUGCAUAAUCUAUGGUAUCAUCUACUCCAUACCGGUAAAAUGGAUGAUUUGAAAAGAUUCGCUCUUUGUCAUUUCGAUUACGUUGAAGCGUGUGUUCGUGCAUGCGGAAUUUUCCAUUUGCUAAGUAUUUAUGAAGAAUGCUGCAUGCAAAUACUUCAUUAUGAUAUUCUUGCGCUAUUCCAACAAGUUAUAUUUCCUUCAUUAAACACAAUUAUACGUGAUUCAAAUCAGUUGGCUGCUGAAGUGAUUAACAAAUUACAGUAUACACGGGCAACAAAUAGUCGAUUUUUGAAUACAAUGGCAGAACAAGCGAUAUCAUGGGUUGACAGAUAUCGUGAUCAGCCUUUAUUAGCACCUUUAACUUAUUGGGUACCACCAAAGAAAGUGGAACUGGUUUUAUCAUUUACGUUAUCAGAAUGGCGUCCAUCAUAUACAAUCAUACAGCCAACAUGCAAUCAUCAACAUUUACUAGUUGCUGGAAACGAAUCAACUAUUGGUUCAAUAUGUAUGUAUCAUAUUACAACACAAUUAUUAAUUCGUACAUUUAAGGGUCAUGACAGACGUGUUACAUCAAUAUCUAUUAGCCAUGAUGGAGCAUUUUUUGCAACAACAUCAACAGAUUGUACUGUUAGGAUUUGGAAUUUUUCAAUGGAUAAAGCAACACAUGUGAUAAAAUUACAAGGUCCAGUAAUUUGCUCACUGAUAACUUCUGAUUGCAAAUAUAUUAUCAUUGGUGAUACCGAUUCAUGCGCUAAUGUGAUUUCGAUGGAAAAUUGGGAAGUUGUUAAAUCUUUCAAAGAACAUGCAGGAGCUGUUGUUUCAUUAGCGCUUUCAUCAAAUGACGAAUUUCUGGUUACCGGAUCCGGUGGAUUUGUCGUUACAGUUUGGAAUUUAUCAACUGGUGAAUUGGCUGUACGAUUGGCUGGUCUGAUGGCACCAGUAUCAUGCAUUACAAUGACCAGCAACGAUGCAUUUGUGAUAGUUGCUUGUGAAGAUGAAACGUUAAAAGUAUUCGGAACAGUAUCCGGUCAAGAAUUACAUGAAUUAUCCGGUCAUGAUGGAAAAAUUCUUUCAAUGGUUGCAGCAUAUGAUGAUUGUCAACUUUUUGUUGCAACAUUUGCAAAAAUUUAUGUUUAUGAUAUACACGAUGGAAAACUGUUGGAAAUCUUGAAUUGUAUUAAUAAACAACCGGUUACAUCGCUUAAAAUUACGAAUGAUAAUUAUUUCUUGAUGUCAGCAUGCGGUAAUCGGAUCAGUAUUUGGAAUAUUCAACGUCAGCAUCAUCAUCAACAUCACGAAAUAAGUACGAGAAGUGAAAAAGAAGUAGUAACUGAUAUAUGCAUGUCACCGGAUGAGAAAAGUGCUGCUAGUACAACAAAUGAUGGUGUCGUGGAAUUAUGGGAUUUAGAAAUAUGUCAAUGCAUUUGUACCAUGAUUCAGAAACGAUCUGUACCAGUACUUUGUGUGAAAUUUUCCGUCAAUUCAGUUUACUUGUUAAGUGGUGAUGCUGAUGGUCAAAUUAAUAUUUGGAAUACAAGCAACGGAAAAUUGAGACGAAUUGUUACCCAUCAUACCAAAGCUAUCCAAUCAAUAUUUUGCUUAUCUGAUGGCUUACGAAUAUUAUCUGUUGAUCAGUCUAGCAUUAUGCUUAUAUGGAAUUUAUUCGGCACUGACGAAUCAUUUCAAUCAGAUCGAAUUCUUGCAUUCACUGGUGUUCAACCACCAAUUUUCCUAUCACCAAAUAAUAUUCAUCUGAUCGGAUAUCAUCCAACUAGUAAAAAAAAGCUGAGAAUAUGGACUAUUGAGGAUGAAGUUAUUGUAAUGAAAGCGGAAAUUUCUCAUGACGAAAAAAUAACAUGCUUUAAUAUCUCAUCAAAAGGUACAUUACUUGUAACCGGUUCAACCGAUUUAUCCUUGAAACUUUGGGAAAUCAAUAGUGGCUUUCUUAUGCAGGUACUUCUUGCACAUGAAGAGGCUGUAACGUGUUGUGCUAUUGCUAAUGAUGAAAGUGUAAUUGUUAGCGGUGCGAAAGAUUCACAAAUUAUUGUUUGGUCAACAACUACCGGAAAUGCUCUUUUUACAUUGAAAACGGAAUCACCUGUGACAGCAUUAGCUAUUAAUAAUGAUACAAACGUUAUUCUCUCAGCAAACUCAACUGGUUGGAUUGAAGCAUACAGUAUGAGAGAUCAAACGCUGCUUUCAUCCUUUAAUGCUCAUAGUACUGUUAUAAAACUUAUAACUUCCAUGGAUUGUAAUCGUAUAUUGCUACAACUUACUGAUUGCUCUCGAUUACCAAUUCUUUGUCUUCAUAAUAUAAUACCAAAUAAAAUGGUUGGUUCAGGCGAACGUAACAAAUCCAUUACUUAUUCUCAACGGGGAUCGAAACAAAAUAUGAAGAGCAAUGUUAGAAACUCGAUAAAGAUUGAAACAGCGACGGAAAUGAAAAAUCGAAAAUUAUCACAGAAUUGCAAUAGUCCUAAUCGGAAAUCAGUACCACAAACAGAUGGAAAAGAAUCGGCACCAUUACGUUCAAUUUUAAAAUCUAGUAAAGAUUUGACAGCAAACUUACCUGCAAAUGUAACAUCGACAUCAAAAAGAUCGCUAUCAAAAUCAAUGGCCACUCGAUCUUCCAUUUAUUGUCCAAUGAAAUCGAACUUAUGUACAAUACAAUAA